GGAAAUCGGAAUGGCAGUUUUUGUGCUUUUCUGACUUGCCGUUAAGGGCUUCAGCAAUAUUCAGUUUCAACAUGUUAAUCCAUGAUUCAAGUCCAUGUAAACAAACCACUGAUAGACGUCAAAGAAGUGAGGUUAUGCUCGCCCGUGCAAAACCUUAUUCUCCAAAUUCUCAAACCCACACGAAAUAUACAUUUUGUGGAUAGAUUCUCGACAUGGAACAGUUCUCGCAUGAUUUAACAUUAGCUCUUGAGGAAACUUCCCGAUUUGGGGAAAAUAGAAAUCGGUGGGGAUUGCGAAGACGGACACGAUCUACUGGAAAUCUCCCAUGUGCCCCGCAACCCACGGAGGACAGUUCAAGCAGUCCAGCCGAUCAGCAUGAAUUCAAUACAAGUCAGAACUCACCCCAGCUGAGCGGAACCAAUAAUUUAUUCCAGAGCGAUUCAGAUGAUAAACAUUCACUGGCAUUUGCGUUUCGCUCCAGACAAACUCCUUUGACGGGAAAUUUUGAAUCAGAUUCGUUUAAUGAAAAUUUUAGUCCAGCCAGGCCGAAUUUGAGACGAAAACGUAAAUUCAAACGAAUGGCGGUGGGAUAUGAAGCUUCACUUUCAUCGUCGUCGGUUGCUAACAGUUCCAUUUUCCCAGCCAUUUUAAAAAAAAGAGCAUUUAAUCAUGAAAAUUUGAGGGCAAAUUUGAUUUUCUGUGGAAAGAGGAAACGAAGUCAUCGCGACCGAUACGUCGACUAUGAAACGUACAAACAACACUCGAAUAGUGUGCCCAGACAGCGAGAUUUAUUUGCGCCAAAAUCAUUAUCAUAUCUUGAAUGCAAAGGGCGCAAUAGGGCAGCUUCGUUUACUUCUGGUGUUUCAUUUAACAAAAAUAUCAUAUCUAAAAUUGAGAAAAUGUCUCAAGAGCGAAAUUUGAAGCUAUGCUUUCAAUUUUCUACUCCUUUUAACAAAAGAAUCGAUUUACCAGAUGGAUCAGAGGAAUCAAAUAGCAAACAAGAAGUACUUUACAAUACCAUUAGCAAUAUAUCCAGCACUAGUAAUGUACCUACAGAAACAACUAUUGUGCAAAAUUCAUUGAAUUUGGCUGAAAGUUGUCGAACUCAUAAGGGUUCAACAGCUAGUGUUAGAAAAUCCACAGGAUUUGAAUCGAUGAACACUUGCCUCACACGACCAAUCAGUAACAAGCAUAAUACGAAAUCACACAAAGUUAAACAUAGUCGUCGACAAGAACAAAUGCAAUCACCUUAUGACGAUCGAAUGAAUUGCCCCAAUAUGAGCGAAUUGUUAAGCUCCAGUUCUUUAAGCUCAAGUGAUUCUGAAGCUAUUAAUACCAAUGAGUCAGAUCAUGAAGGAGAUGAUGAGCUUACAGAUUGGCCAGGUAACGAAGGGAUGAUAAACUUCACAUCUAAAAAUGACUUCAAAAGGUUAAACAAAACAAGGGUUAUGAAACCAUCUCUUCCGCAAAUUAAGCAGCAAGACGAUAUCCAAGAUGAUGAUACCCUCAUGUCUACCGAUGAUACCGUUAUUAAACCACUAAACUUUGAAGUUACUACUCUAGGAACUGCGCAUAAUAACCUCAAUAGUCCAAAAUGUUCGCCAGGAUCAUCCGAGGACUUACCCCUAAAUAAAUCAACAUCAACAUUUUCAAUUCAGCAUAUGGACGCUAGUAGUAGCAGUUGCCAAGCAUGGCUUGUAAAAAAGAAUGUCCAAGAUGAAGUAGCGAGCACAUUUUUCACACCACCUAAUAUUUACACAGAGAUCAGAGAAAUACGAGCAGGAUGUCGGAGGAUACGAGAUGAGCGACCAGGUUUCUCUAUCAUCUCUAGCGCUAAUGAACUUCUUUCGAGGUUUCUUCAAAACGACCAACAGCAAGUUUUAACUUUAUUUGACAUUAAUGCCACUGAAUACGAUAAGUUAUAUGGUCUGUCGAAAUUAUACUCGCUUACUAUGCAGGUCGAAAAUGGGUGUGUGAUUUUGAACAAAACCAGUAAUACUAUGCAAUCGAUAAGGAUAGAUCAAACUAAACUUCCCAAAACUUUUUGCGAUUUUAAACGGAGGUGUUACGGAGACUCAGUGGAUGUUGAUUUCAAUAAUCUACCGAAUUAAUGAGUGUGAUAUUCUGGCGCUUAUUUCUAUGUUCAAUUAUUUUAAAACAGACUUACGCGAUUAAUUAUUCCCGUUUCCACAGUAUCAUUUAUGACCAAAAUGAGCUCCCCAUCUGUACAGUGCUAAAUAAUUUUAAACUAGAUGUAGGUACCUCUUUAUUCGUCAAGGUUUGACACCUCAGAUCGAUUAAAAAAUAAUAGAUCAUUAAAACAGUCCAACCCAGCAAUAACAUUUUUUCUUCAAAAAAGCUCA